AACGGGCAAAUCAACUCACCUUGUCUGCGCGGCACCAUUAUUGGAGUACAGUCGAUGUCAUUGUGCGGUUAAUUGCGGCACACUCUACACAUGCUCCGUUCAUUUCAUUCUCACUUUCGACUGUCAUAGGGUGUAGCAUUCACCUGUACACAAUUGUAUCUGUCCUUGUUGUCAAGCAGCAUACAUCAACUCGAAUUCCAAAUUCCUAGGAUGGCAGCCGUGAAAGGCCCCGGCGCCGCUCAGAAACAUGAUGGCUCAGGCUUACGGGUUGCCAUUGUCCACGCGCGCUGGAACGAGACCAUCAUCGAGGCCUUGGUCGGUGGUGCGAAGAAAGCUAUGUUGGCCUCGGGGGUCAAAGAAGAGAACAUCGUCGUCGAAUCCGUACCUGGCUCAUACGAGCUGCCGCUGGCAGUCCAACGAGUUUAUGCUGCGUCACAAAUACAAAGCACUGCCAGCACGGUAGCUGGUGGUAUGGGCAAUCUGGCGAGCGGCAUUGGAGAUCUACUCGGUGGCAGUAACUCCACAACAGAUUUGCAAGGAAGCCUCCAACCCGGUCCCCCCGAGGCGGACAAGAAAGAGGACAAUUCACUGCAACAUGCCUUCGACGCGGUAAUAGCCAUUGGCGUGCUGAUCAAAGGAGAAACGAUGCACUUUGAAUACAUUGCAGACGCCGUGAGCCAUGGGUUGAUGAAGGUGCAACUUGACAGCCAAAUUCCUGUCAUCUUUGGCCUUCUUACAGUGCUCAACCAGGGCCAGGGUCUGGCAAGAGCUGGUCUUGAUGGAGGCAGUGGCAAAGAAGCCACGGGCCACAACCACGGAGAAGACUGGGGCAACGCUGCGGUCGAGCUUGGUGUAAAGAGGAAAGGCUGGAGUCAGGGAAAGAUUGCAGCAUCAUGAUUGAAUCCAAAAAGAUAUACCAUCUCAGCAUACCACAAUUCAUUGCAACUCAUCUCAAGUCGAAUUGAUAAGCAAUGGACUGCAAUUGGGUCGGACGACCUGGACUGAUCUAUCUUGAAGGACAACGGCACUUUUGCUUCAAGCUAUUGAC